AAACUAUGGGUUUCUGCUGACGGGCAAUGUAUAUAUAGAGAGAGGAGAGAAAGAGCAGCAGCAUUUUGUGUUCCAGCCUAUCUCAGAGACGAAAGAAACAAAGCCAGCAAAAAAGGGCUAUUAAAAAGACACCAGCAACGAGAAUAUGCUAAGGUUUUCAGUGCCCCUUUUCUUCGCUAUCUUAGCAGUGUCAAUAAGUGGAAAGAGGCAAUGUCUGGAAGGAGCAGCUCACAAGCUCAGACCCAGCCAGGAGAAUAACUUGCAUGAAUGCACCCUAUACUCCAAAUCCUCUUGUUGCUCUGAAGACAUUACAAAGGAACUAGCUGAUUCACCAGUGAUUAAAGUAAAUACCACCUAUUGGAACCGAUGUGGAAAUAACAGUAAAUUAUGUCAGAGCUAUAUGAAGAAGAUAGAAUGCUUUUACAGGUGUUCACCAUAUACUGCACAUUGGGCACAUCCCCUCUACGCAGCAGCUAUUGUGUCUGUUCCCAUGUGCCAAAACUUCUGUGACGACUGGUAUGAAGCUUGUAAAAAUGACUUCACUUGUGUUAGCAACUGGCUGACAGACUGGGCAAUUGACGAAAAAGGAGAAAACCACUGUAAGAAUGCGUGCAUCCCCUACCACGAGAUGUAUGGCAAUGGGACUGACAUGUGCAAGAGCAUGUGGGGAGAUUCACUGAAGGUAAGUGACUCCCCCUGUCUAUGCCUUCAAAUGGAUGAGAUGGAUAGCAAGGUCGUCAAGCUCUUGGAGGAGAGGGCCUCCGGCAAUAGUAGCAGUAGCAGCAGAAGUGAUGAAGAGCAGUUCUGUCGCCUCAAGUUGGACAAAAUAAAGAAGCUGAAGGAGCCGAAAGACGAAGGUGUGGAGACAUUCUAAGUGCCAGGGUUUCUUUAUGUUUUAAAGUGACACAUGUUGCACCUUUCCAUUAUUAAAACAAUACUCAGGGUGGCCGUCAGCCACACACACAAAAAUACAAUAAAGUGACUGAACAAUUAAAAUAA